UCGAUCAUCGUCUCCUGCAAAUCAUCAAGCAUCAUCAUGCCUAGGGGAACAACACCAGACGCACUUGUAGUUGGACGUGUUAUUGGAGAUGUGUUGGAUCCCUUCACGAGGUCAGCCCCUCUGAGAGUCAUUUACAGUAAUAACAGAGAGCUCAUUAAUGGCUGCGAACUCAAACCCUCGCAUGUCGUUAACCCUCCAAGGGUUGAACUUGGCGAUGCUGACGACCUCAGGACCUUUUACACACUGAUCAUGGUGGACCCUGAUGCUCCUAGCCCAAGUGAUCCAACUUUGAGAGAGUACUUGCACUGGUUAGUAACUGAUAUUCCAGCGUCCUUGGGGCCAAGCUACGGGAAUGAGAUAGUGAGCUAUGAGAGUCCAAGACCAUCGGUGGGGAUUCAUCGUUAUGUGUUUGUGUUGUUUCGUCAAGCAAUGGGACGACAAAUCGUAGAUGCUCCUGGAUGGCGUCAAAAUUUCAACACACGUGACUUCGCUGAGCUCUACAACCUCGGACCUCCUGUUGCUGCUCUUUUCUUUAACAGCCAACGUGAAUCUGGUUCUGGUGGACGAAGGAGAUAAUACAGAUUUACACACACACCCCCCCUUAUAUAUAUAUAUAUAUAGUUUAUAAGAAUAAAACAAAGAUCAAGUUUUUGGUCGGAUCCUAGAGGAGGUGAAUGAUACAAUAAUAAUCUGCUUUACACAUACUUCGCUGCUAUAUACCUAGAACGUAUAGUAUGUGAUCGUGACCAAUAAUAUGUACGCAUCUAGUCAAGAUAUAGAUCAGAUUAUAUAAAGUACUUAUGUUUCAGGUAUUGCAGAGGUUUUCUUUUGCUUGCAAAUUGCUGUGGUAAUAACACCUCGUUCCAUGAAGGCAGGUAUCCUCGCCGACAUAUAAAAGAGCGCGCGCGCGAGCGCGCAUAUACAUAACAUGUAUAAUGCAAAGAUGUACGGACAGAAUAGGUAGAUACGAUGCGACAUAAAAUUAAAACUGGGAGAUUGAUGCGUCUUUUUGAUUACUUAACUGGUAUCCACACACAGAGAUAGAGCAAAGCUAAAAGGAUCGAUAUUCUCUGCUGUGUCUCUUCAUGGAUUGGACGAAGGAUAUGUAUGCGUUUAGACUGGGGGGGUUCAAUAUAUAGCAUCUAGAUAUAUUCGUGUUGCUUAAAGUAAAAGGAUACUCGUCUAUAUUUGUUCUCGUGAACGAAUGCGACAUUUUCAGGUCUUGCACAAUCCACCCUCCAUCCUUAAUAACCAAAGGAAACAUCAGAAAAGCCAACAAACAUAUGGCUGAAUUGAAUCAAAACCUGCAAGUUGCUUUCUUACUUGUGUUGUUCCCAU